AUGUUCCUGAGAAACGCCGCCAGACAAACCUUCAGAACCAUGUCUACCCUCACUCCUGUUCGCACUCAAUUGUCCCCUCCUCCUGCCGCGUCCUACUCUCAGGCCAUGAAGGUCAACAACAUGGUAUUCGUGUCCGGCCAAAUCCCCUAUACCGCUGAGAACAAGCGUGUGGAGGGAACCAUGACCGACAAGGCCGAGCAGGUCAUCCAGAACGUCAAGAACAUCCUGGAGGAGGCCAACUCCGCUCUCAACAAGAUCGUCAAGGUGAACAUCUUCCUCGCCGACAUCAACGACUUUGCCGAGUUCAACGGCGUGUACGGCAAGUACUUCAACGAGCACAAGCCUGCCCGCUCUUGCGUUGCCGUCAAGGACCUGCCAUUGAACGUCGACUUAGAGAUGGAGGUCGUCGCUGUCGAGAAGGAGUAA